AUGCUCAGUUGCUAGCUGCGCGGCUAGAGAAGCAGAGCGCGGGCGGAGUGCAGCAAGCUGUGCCUAGAGGGUUGAGCGGAGCUUGCGGCCCGAGCCGAGUGGAGCCGAGCAGCGCCGAGCGGAGCCGAGCGCCGGUAUUGGGGAGACAUGCAGAUGAUGAGUAGGAACGUUCUGCUGAACAUGGAGCUGGAAGAGGACGACGAUGAGGAUGGAGACAUCGGUGAUGUUCCUGACUCCAGGAGGCCUUUUCUGGCUCCUCAUUCUCUCCUACCAUCCGGUCUGGUGCUGGAAAACUUCGACCAGACAAUCGUCUGUUCCACCUUCGGCCCUCUGGAGGAUCAGCAGGAUUUCCGAACUCCAGAGUUUGAGGAGUUUAACGGGAAGCCUGACUCCCUCUACUUUACAGACGGCCAGAGACGCAUCGACUUCGUCCUCGUGUACGAAGAUGAGACUAAAAAGGAGACCAAUAAAAAAGGAACAAAUGAAAAGCAAAGGAGGAAAAGACAAGCGUAUGAGUCCAACCUCAUCUGUCACGGCCUGCAGCUGGAGGCAACACGAUCAGUUUCCGAUGACAAGCUUGUGUUCGUCAAAGUGCACGCACCCUGGGAUGUGCUGUGCACCUACGCUGAGAUCAUGCACAUCAAACUCCCCCUGAAGCCCAACGACCUGAAAACCCGCUCCCCCUUCGACACUCUCAACUGGUUCACCAAGGUGCUCCGCGUGAAUGAGAGUGUCAUCAAGCCAGAGCAGGAGUUCUUCACUGCCCCGUUUGAGAAGAGCCGGAUGAAUGAUUUUUACAUCCAUGAUAGAGAUUCCUUCUUCAACCCUGCCACCAGAAGCCGCAUCGUUUAUUUCAUCCUCUCUCGAGUCAAAUACCAAGUGAUGAACAACGUUAACAAAUUUGGGAUCAAUAGGCUGGUCAGUUCUGGAAUCUACAAGGCAGCAUUCCCUCUGCAUGAUUGCAGAUUCAACUAUGAGUCGGAGGACUCCAGCUGUCCUAGUGAGCGUUACCUCCUGUACAGGGAGUGGGCCCACCCGCGGAGCAUAUACAAGAAGCAGCCCUUGGACCUGAUCAGGAAGUAUUACGGAGAGAAGAUUGGAAUCUACUUUGCUUGGCUGGGCUACUACACGCAGAUGCUCCUGCUUGCAGCUGUGGUGGGUGUGGCCUGCUUCCUCUAUGGAUACUUCGACCAGGAUAACUGCAGUUGGAGCAAAGAGGUCUGUGAUCCUGAUAUUGGUGGCCAGAUCCUGAUGUGUCCCCAGUGCGACAAGCUGUGUCCGUUCUGGAGGCUGAAUGUCACCUGUGAAUCUUCCAAGAAAUUGUGCAUCUUUGACAGUUUUGGAACCCUGGUCUUUGCCGUGUUUAUGGGAGUGUGGGUUACGCUGUUUUUGGAGUUUUGGAAGCGUCGCCAGGCAGAGCUGGAGUAUGAAUGGGACACCGUUGAGCUCCAGCAGGAGGAACAGCCCCGACCAGAGUAUGAAGCCCAGUGCAACCACGUGGUAAUAAACGAGAUCACUCAGGAGGAGGAGCGCAUCCCGUUUACUGCCUGUGGGAAGUGUAUCCGGGUCGCCCUGUGUACAAGCGCUGUCUUCUUCUGGAUCCUGCUCAUCAUCGCUUCCGUGAUCGGCAUCAUCGUCUACAGACUGUCGGUGUUCAUUGUGUUCUCUGCCAGCCUCCCCAACAACCCAAACGGGACCGACCCCAUCCAGAAAUACCUGACACCGCAGAUGGCCACGUCCAUCACAGCUUCUAUCAUCAGCUUCAUCAUCAUCAUGAUCCUGAACACUAUCUACGAGAGGGUGGCCAUCAUGAUCACCAACUUCGAACUCCCAAGGACCCAGACUGACUAUGAGAACAGCCUGACCAUGAAGAUGUUCUUGUUCCAGUUCGUCAACUACUAUUCCUCAUGUUUCUACAUCGCCUUCUUCAAGGGCAAGUUCGUCGGCUAUCCAGGGGACCCAGUGUACUGGCUGGGCAAGUACAGAAACGAAGAGUGCGACCCGGGUGGCUGUCUCCUGGAACUGACCACGCAGCUGACAAUCAUCAUGGGGGGGAAGGCCAUCUGGAAUAACAUACAAGAAGUGCUGCUCCCAUGGGUCAUGAAUCUAAUUGGACGAUAUAAGAGGGUUUCAGGGUCAGAAAACAUCACUCCACGUUGGGAGCAGGAUUACCAUCUGCAGCCCAUGGGCAAGCUGGGCUUGUUCUAUGAGUAUCUGGAAAUGAUUAUUCAGUUUGGGUUCGUCACCUUAUUUGUGGCCUCUUUCCCACUGGCUCCCCUGCUGGCUCUGGUGAACAAUAUAUUGGAAAUAAGAGUGGAUGCGUGGAAGCUAACAACUCAGUAUAGGCGCAUGGUGCCAGAGAAAGCCCGGGACAUCGGCGCGUGGCAGCCCAUCAUGCAAGGAAUAGCCAUUCUGGCUGUGGUGACCAACGCUAUGAUCAUUGCUUUCACAUCAGACAUGAUCCCCCGCCUGGUGUAUUAUUGGUCCUUCUCCAUCCCUCCCUAUGGGGACCACAGUUCCUACACCAUGGACGGCUACAUCAACAACACUCUCUCUGUCUUCAACAUCACCGACUUCAAAAAUGCAGACAAAGAAAACCCAUACAUUGGACUUGGCGACUAUACCUUGUGCAGAUACCGUGACUUCCGAAACCCACCCGGGCACCCACAGGAGUAUAAACACAACAUCUACUAUUGGCACGUGAUCGCCGCCAAGCUGGCUUUUAUCAUUGUCAUGGAGCACAUCAUCUACUCCGUGAAGUUUUUCAUUUCGUAUGCAAUUCCCGAUGUGUCGAAAAUCACGAAGAGCAAGAUCAAGAGGGAGAAAUACCUCACACAAAAGCUGCUUCAUGAGAGCCACCUCAAAGACCUGACCAAAAACAUGGGACUUAUAGCCGAGAAGAUGGGAGAAGUGGUGGACAACAGUGUGCGACCCAAACUCGAAUGACGGAGAGGUGGAUGUCCUGAGAAGCACUUUAAGACUAGUCAGCUGUCGCCGUGUCGUGAACCACUAAAGAGGAUGUUGUUCAAUCACUUAGGCAAACGGGAGUCUCGACGAUGCCCAUUUCUGCCGUAUUGUUUUUCAGUUUCCGCUAGCAGUGUCGGAACUGGAAAAUGGAAACCUUUGCUCAAGAAAGGCAUAAAACUACCUACCUGGAAAGCCUGAAUAUGUUCCCUUUUUUUUUUUUUUUUUUUUUUGAUAAAUUUGAAUUUUUUUAAACCAAAAAAAAAAAAAGCCUCGAAGCAUGCUUGAGUCCUUCCCGGGGACUUUGCUUUUCUGGUCUCAAGCACUUUCUUGUGUUUAAUUUUUGCAUUUUGCCAACGCUACCCCAGACCUAUUCCGUCCUGACAGUCCCAUCACCAAAGACCAGGCAUACCUCAGCCUUAAUCACUUUUGUGUUAUUAACAAUAGCCAGCUCAGAAUCGAGUCUGGAUGCCAUAGUAGGUGCCAGGUAGACUGAUGAGUUCACAGUAUUUCAGUGUCUUACUGCAGCCCUAAGGAAGGAGGCCUCAUGCCGUAAGAAGCAGUUUCCGUCCUCACUUCUGCCUGCGUUUCCACCUCCAAGAAACACUUGUCUUAGAUUGACAUGAAGAUAGAGGGUCUUGAAUGAAGCCUGUCCCUGUCACUCCGCAGUGACACCUGCCUUCUAACGGCACUCCCAGCGUGCUCUGGGUCUGAUCAACGUUGACUGCUCUAAGGGAAUAAGAUGAGAAAGUAGGAAAAAGUACUGAUCUGGACGUUUAAUUUACCUCUUGAUUAUGUAAGUUUCUUGGGGGAAAAUGAUAACCCGAUGAUUGUGACUGCAUUGUUAUCGACAUAAUGGGCUGAAAAAUAUAAGCCCGUCAUCUUUGUGCAAACUGACUUAGCCAAUACAGAAGGAAGGCACUACCAAUCACCGCAGCCUUCUGCUCGGCUCACUGAACAGGCCCGUCCCCCGAUGACAAUGGGCGUGGUCAGCGCAACAGCCAACAACCUGAUGACUAGCCCUGUCCUGUGGUCCUCGUGUGGCCAGCGUCACACACUGGGAGCCCUACUGACCUUUCUGCUCGCCACAGUGAACAGCUUCCUUGCCAUCUGUUCAUUUCCUAGGCCCGCUGACUCGCAGGGUAGUCCCAGCUGUGCUGGAGACAAAUCUACCCAGAUGUGUGCCCUUUGACUUAAGAGGCCCUGAUUUAAUUUGAGCCCCCAGCCGCCUCUCAGGCCAUCAGGCAGUUAAGGGAAGGGCUGUUUGGUCUGCUGGUGGCUUGCUGCUCAACCCUAGCCUCCUGGUGCCUUGCCCUCUCUGCUGCUCACCUGAGCGGUUUCUUGUGCUCUGUGGCCUAUACCUCCUCAGCUUUCCUCCUGUAGACCUAGAGGAGACGUGGCUACACCUUGCACUCUUGGCAACAGAUGACCGAGGUCAGUGCUGGGUGAAGAAGGGAGGGCCUGCCUCACACCGUUUGAGAUAGGCCUCUGCCUACAGGAGUGGUGUGAAAUGCCUGGGUGCCCCAGAGCCAAUGAAAGGAAAGCGAAUGGGUUUAGAGGCUGCCUUCUCUGGGUCCCAGUUUUAAAUGCCCUUCCAGAACGGCUUAGAGUAUCAACAUAGUUAAACAAAGCAGUGUUCUGGGCUUUUGAGUAGCCCAGUGUGUCCGCGGGAACAUUUCCCCCACCGCUACUCAGUCGAGGAGCUGCCAUACAAUGUCUAACUGUGCUGAGACAGAAAUGGCGGCUCCCCCCAUACCAGGGGUGUCCUCACUCCACAGGUGACACCAGGUGCCACUCCCUGUCCCCACCCAGAUGCCCUGGAGUUCCUCACUCCCUCUGUUCUCUCUUCUCCAGAGCCUGCACUCAUUUUAGCAGGAUGGAAAGUUCUCGCACUUUACGCCAUAGGAAAGGAAAUCUUUGCAUCUCUCUUUUCCUCCUCUCUGCCUUCACAAAGGAAACUUCAAUGAAACGUGCAUUUAUUCAUCUAUAUCCCUCAGCCAAGAGUGUAGAAAGUGCCACUGUGGGCAGAAGAAGAAAACA